UGUCAACUUUGACCCGAUUACAGUUGGAAAAACGUGGCCCCUUGGGAUAUUCAAGUAGACAGUCUCAAAACUCUGACAAGUGGUUCUCUGUUCCAAUCACAAGGUUCACUUGAUCGCCGACUUCCUCCCACCGAGGGGUCGCGUCACUUCCUCACUCCCACCACGGCCUCUCACAGCGACACACCUGGCCAAGGCGCGGCCAUGGACACCACCAACUUAAACAAAAUCCGCGAGGAACUCUUGUCCUGCGGAAUCUGCCUUGAGACGUUCACGGAUCCAAGAGUCUUACCCUGCCAGCACACCUUCUGUCAGAAGUGUAUCAGUCAGAUCAGCGCCGACAAGCGAAUCUUUCGCUGCCCUACAUGUCGGGAACAGGUCAUACUUCCUAAAAAUGGCGUCGAGGGAUUCAAGAAGAAUUUUGAGCUCGCCAGUUUCUGCGAGAAGCUAGUGGCUGUCAAGAAGCGUCCGCCGGUGGCUGAAAAGCCUCGUGCGGGUGACAAGUGCGGGACACACAAGAAAGAAGUCCGCCGCUUCUACUGCCAGCAGUGUAAGGUGGCCAUUUGUAGCGAGUGCAUUCUCGACAUUCAUCAGGGGCACUCUAUAUGCAGCGCAGCUCAAGCGGCAGGUGGCAGUCGAGACCGCAUCGGCGGAAGUUUGAAGACGUGCAAAGAGAGGAUCAAAAUCCACGAGGACGUCGCUAGUGGCAUCACUGACAACGAGAAGAAGCUGGAAGCCGAGAAGAAAGCGGUAGAGAGCACCAUUCGGUCCUACCAACAACAAUUGAUCGACGAUAUCAACAAGACGGCGGCGGUUUUACUUCAAGAACUCGAGAGUCACUUCAUGACGAAACAAAUGCGUUUGAUCGAGCAGAAAGACUCGGCACAGAGCACGCUUGAUGAGGUGUCGAGCACCCGCGACUGGGCCGAGAAGAGGCUGAGCUUCACCGAACCGGAGGUCAUCGGCAUGGAGGACGCCAUUUGCAAGAAGUUAGAGGUUGCCAUAGCAAUGCAGGAGUUGAGUGCCGACUACAUUUCGCUGGAAAUGGACUUCCAACCAGCCAUCAGUCCCACUGGAAAGACCCUUCUAGGUCAUCUGAAGGAAAAGGGCUCCGAAAACGGUCGAAAGGAUAGCCUAAAGCGCGCGACUCCAACACCAACCCCGGUCAUGAGAGGUAUCAACCCCAACCAACCGGUGCCAGGCCUGGUCUUCUUCGGACACGAGGGUUCGGGAGAGGGCCAACUAACGGAACCCAGAGGAAUGACAGUCACGCCCGAGGGCCGUAUCUUCGUCAUGGACGGCUGUAGUGACAUCGAGGAGGGAGAGAUUAAAGAGUACGACAGCGCGGGCCAGUUCGUGGGGAAGUCGUUCCAGCCGCACUACUUCCAACUGGCGGCGGACGGCGGCGGGCGCCUGUUCUGCACCAGGCCGCAGCAGGAGACCGUGGACGUGCUGGACAAGCUCGGCACCUGCGUGCAGACCUUCGGGAAGGGGCAGCUGUCCUACCCGCUGGGCAUCGCCAUCCAUCCGGUGGGAGGGCAGAUUCUGGUCACGGACACGCAGAGGUGUAAGGUGUUUAUCUACCAGCCUGACGGGAUGCUGAUACGGCAUUUCGGCAGCAGCGGGCGCGGAGACCAUGAGCUGACCUACCCCAUGGGAGUAGCCGUGGACUCCGCAUGGAACAUCUACGUGUCUGACCACGACUGUCACUGUAUCAAGGUUUUCGCAAUGAUGGGAACGUUUCGACUGAAGAUUGCCAAGAAGGGCAGCAAGGAUGGGCAGCUGAAGAAUCCUAAAGGGAUAUGCGUGGACGCUGAGGGGAACAUCAUCGUGGCAGACAGCGGGAAUGGACGGGUUUCCAUGUUUGACUCACACGGCAAGUUUUCCCGCCACCUGCUGACCUCUGACCAGGGCCUCGGACACCCCAGUCAAGUGACCUUGAUGCCCGAGGGCAGGUUGGCGGUCAUGGACAUGGAGACCUGCCGGGGGCUCAUAUUUAAGUACAAGUGUGACCAAUGAAAGCGCUUGUUUCUUGUGUUUGCACUCACGUGACGUAGGUAUCAUUUGCUAUGUCGAGGUAUUAACCAACCAGUAUGGCGACUAUGUCAUCACUUGUAAUCACGUUUAGAAAGUGAAGCAACACAUUCACUUCUUGGAGACUCCCCUGAGUGCCAUAAAAGGCAAUGAAAUUUCUUUUUUACGCUUCUCUCGUUUGGAUAAUAGGGCCAUGGCACUCGUAUAUAAACCAUUUGAAGGACCGAUUUAAUUCUUUAUUUACUAACACGAAUAGCUAUCAUAGCUGUAUGACACGUUAGAUUGGUGUGUCAGUGGUGGAAAAUGAAUUUCAUUCAGCCACAUUACGCUGGAGUAUAUAGAGCAUAUAUAGCAUCAAUAUAUUUAUAGUACAUUUCAUGGAACUCAUCAACAUUACUGUAUGUACCGGUGGAGGACUUUGGUUUACAAGGAUCCUGGUACAAAGCUUUAUAAUACGAUCUCACUAUUGUUGUAACUUGUAACAAUAUCUAAUAUGUAUGUCACAACUACCUUACGUUUGGGACCGCAUUGUUAGCAGUAACACCUAGCGUCAGUGCGCAUUGAACCAGUCAUAAUUGCCCUGAUGAAGAUGACAGACGGUCUUCCGGCUCUUGUAAACAAGCGGUAACCGUUGUGAAUAAAGAACUUUACUAUUCAAUGACAAUGGCGAUCUCGCUCUUC